AUGGACACCCAAGUCGACGACGUGGAUCAAGCGAAACCUUGGACACCCCUGCGACCAUCCGCUCCCGUCUUCACGCCGCGGACACCUCUUCGAGCAUGCGCUCCUGCCUUCACGCCGAGGACACCCCUCCGAGCAUGCGCUCCGGCCUUCACGCCGGCGGCCGCCACUAAGGAAGGAGAGAAGGGAUUCAGGCCGAAGGUGGCCCUUCGUGGAAGCGCGACGGAUUUCGCGCACGCGGCCACCGGCGUGGGGCCUCGUCAGCCGCCGAAGGCCGAGCUACCGGCGAUGGUCGUAGAUGGAGGUGUCCCUCCGCUCCACGUCUCCACGCCCUCACCGAUGCCGACGCCGGUGCCACUGCCGCCGGGCGUUGGAUCACCACGACCACCCCCGCCGCAGCACGUGGACGACUUCAGCAUCGCCCCCGCCACGAAGCCCUCGGCCGCCGCCGUUGCCUCCGGUCAGACCGCCGCACUCGCCGCCCCUCCCUCCGGAAUGGGCCACUACACCGGUCUUCGAGGCGACGGCAACAACCUGUCGAGCCCUCACAGCGACAGUGACCAAGAGCCUGUCAGCGAAGGGGGGUUGGCGAUGUACGGUGGGGACGACGGGCGGUUCGGGUUCAUCACCGAGCUUGCCAGUGCGGGCGGGCGAAUGUCCACCUUUGGCCGACGGCUGGGGCAGGGGGGGUGUGCCGUGGUGGCCAGGCUCGAGAUGCUCAACGCCGAACACCAGAGCCGUGUGGACGAGUACACGGGAGACGCGGGGCUCGUGGUGAAGAUUGUCCCCAUGGACGGCGGUCGUGCCAUGGAGAUGGCGAUGGAGAGGGAGAUUCGAGUGGUGAAGAUGAUCCCUCCGCGAUGCCACGUGAACGUCAUCGACAUCAUGUCCACGAGCAUGGAGAACCUGUGCAUGGUUAUGCCGGCCGCGUUCUGCGACGUCCAGCACCUGCUCGAGGACAAGGCGGUGCUCGAGAUGAUGUCAUUCGCCGACAGGAUGAUGAUGAUGGCAGGGGCGGCUCGCGGGUUGGACUACCUCCACUCUGAGCUGGGCCUGACGCACGGUGACGUCAAGCCGGAAAACUGCCUCUUGACGAAGGGGUUGGUCAUCAAGCUCGCCGACUUCGGGUUGAGCGGCAAGUAUUUGGACAGUUUCUAA